AUGACACUGUGUUCCACCUAUGUUCAUGCUGUUAGCUUGGAAGGCAUGGAAAAGAUGCUCUCUUUGAGUUUUGUCUUCUUGCUCCUGAAACUUCCUCUCAUCUUGUUCAGUUUAAAGGACAACAGCUGCCUGUGGAAAAGAAAACACCAUAGAGUUCAUGGUGAAGAUACACAAACUGAAUGUGUUUUCUUACUUUAUGUGACAUCCUUGCAGAGAAAUAAUCGGGUCAACAUCCCUGGUUCACAUUUACCACCUGAAAAAUACGAGUUUGGCUUGGCAUUGGAGUAUGCAAUUGAUGAGAUCAACAAGAACUCCAGUCUUUUACCUAACAUGACUCUGGGAUUUUACUUAUUUACAGAACUGUGCAAUUUUAAACAAUCUCAGGACAAAAAUGGGCAACAACUGCAAUUGGGGGACGAUCCAUCCAACUUGAACAUGGUCCACAGUCCUGUCCUCAUAACAUAUUAUUUGUUUUCUCUCCUAUAGCUUAUCUAUGGACCAUUUCAACCUAUGUUGAGUGACCAUGACAAGUUUCCUUAUAUAUAUCAGAUGGCCACCAAGGAUACUUCCCUGACCCUUGCCAUGGUCUCUUUGAUGGUUCAUUAUACCUGGAACUGGGUGGGACUGGUCAUCUCAGAUGAUGACCAAGGUAUUCAAUUUCUGGCAGACUUGAGAGAAGAGAUGCAAAGAAAUGGACUCUGCUCUGCUUUUGUGAAUGUUGUCCCAGUGAACAACCAGCUGUACUUGAGAAGACAUGGAAUAUAUGAUAAGCAUAUUAUGACAUCAUCAGCAAAUGUUAUCAUCAUGUAUGGUGACACUAGCUCUACUCUCGAUGAAACCAUCAGAAUGUGGCAAUAUUUAGGCACAGGAAAAAUCUGGGUCACAACCACACAAUGGUAUGACAUCUCAAGUAAGAGACACUUAAGCCUUGACCCAUUCCGUAGGAUUUUCACUCUUUCUCCACACCAUGGUGAUAUUUAUGGAUUUAAGAAAUUUAUCCAAACACUGAAAUCUUCCAAGUACUUAGAAGACAUUUCUUUGGAAAAGUUGGGGUGGAUGUAUUUUAAUUGUUCUGUGUCAGAGUCUAAAUGGAAAACCUUGCAUAAUUUUUCAUCAAACAUAUCAUUGGAAUUGUUCACACAGCACACUUUUGAUGUGGCCAUGAGUGAGGAGAGUUACCAUAUAUACAAUGCUGCAUAUGUGGUGGCCUACUCCCUCCAUGAGCUGCUGCUUCAACAAGUAGAUAUUGUAUAUAUGCUUAUUGACAACAGACCUCAGAGUGACUGUGGGAAGCAUCCACACGAUUGUCGGUCCUUUGUUGCUUUCCUACAAGACAUGCAAUUUACCAACCCUGUUGGAGACCUAGUGGAUAUGAAUCCGAAAAGGAAAUUAGACCCAGAGUGUGAUAUUUUCAACUUAUGGGAUUUUCAAGAAAGUUUUCAGGUAAAAGUGAAAACAGGACAGUUUUCUCCAUAUCGUCCACAAGGACAACUGCAAUUAUUGGAUGACAUGAUAGAGUGGACCACAGGAAGUAGACAGAUUCCUCCCUCUGUGUGUAGUGUAACUUGCAUCCCUGGAUACAGGAAUUCCCAUCAGGAGGGAAAGGCUCCCUGCUGUUUUGAUUGCGUUCCCUGCCCAGAGAAUGAGAUUUCCAAUGACACAGAUACUGAGAAGUGUUUGAAGUGCCCAGAAGAUCAGUAUGCCAACACAGAACAGAACCACUGCCUCCAAAGAAUUAUAACAUUUCUUGCAUUUGGAGAACCCCUGGGGAUGGCUCUGGCCUGCAUGGCCCUGUGUUUUUGUGCACUGACCUCUCUAGUUUUGGGGGUAUUUGUGAAGCACCAUGACACUCCCAUUGUGAGGGCCAACAACCGUACUCUCAGCUACAUCCUUCUCAUCUCCCUGGACUUCUGUUUCCUAUGCUCCCUGCUCUUCCUGGGUCGUCCAAACACAGCCACCUGCAUCCUGCAGCAGACCACAUUUGGAGUGGUUUUCACUGUGGCUAUUUCUGCCAUCUUAACUAAAACAAUCACUGUGGUUCUGGCCUUCAAGCUCAGAACUCCAACAAAAAGGAUGAGGUGGUUGCUGGUAAACGGAGCACCGAACUUCAUCAUCCCCAUCUGCAUAGUAAUCCAACUCAUCCUCUGUGGAGUCUGGCUGGGAACAUCUCCUCCCUUUAUUGAGACAGAUUCACAUUCUGAACAUGGGCGCAUCAUCAUUGUGUGCAACAAAGGCUCAGUCUCUGCCUUCUACUGUGUCCUGGGAUUCCUUGGCUCCCUUGCCCUGGGGAGCUUCACUAUAGCUUUCUUUGCCAGAAAGCUACCUGACAAGUACAAUGAAGCGAAGCUCCUAACCUUCAGCAUGCUCGUGUUUUGCAGUGUGUGGGUCACGUUCCUGCCAGUGUACCACAGCACAAAGGGGAAGGUCAUGGUGGCUGUGGAGGUCUUCUCCAUCCUGGCAUCCAGUGCAGGGUUAUUAGUGUGCAUCUUUGUUCCUAAAUGUUAUGUUAUUUUCUUAAGGCCAGAGAGGAAUUCUCUUCCAAAGUUCAGAGAUAGAACUCUUGCUUAA